AGAUCAUAUGACAGCCGCUGUCCGGGUCCCACUUCCCUUCCCCGCUGGAAAACGCCACAUCUGACAGGGAGGGAGGCUCACACUCGGUCGCGGGGAAACGUGAACACCGCUGUCAAGAUGCUGGCUCUCGUGAACCGGCUGCUGGACUGGUUCAAGUCCCUGUUCUGGAAGGAGGAGAUGGAGCUGACGCUCGUCGGCCUCCAGUACUCGGGGAAAACAACAUUCGUAAACGUGAUCGCUUCGGGGCAUUUCAGUGAAGACAUGAUCCCUACAGUCGGGUUCAACAUGAGGAAGGUCUCCAAAGGAAACGUCACCAUCAAGAUUUGGGAUAUAGGAGGGCAGCCGAGAUUCAGGAGCAUGUGGGAGCGCUACUGUCGGGGGGUUAAUGCGAUUGUGUACAUGGUCGAUGCAGCAGAUCGAGAAAAGGUGGAGGCGUCUACAAACGAACUUCAUAAUUUACUAGACAAACCUCAGUUGCAAGGAAUUCCUAUUCUGGUACUCGGCAACAAAAGGGAUCUUCCCACUGCACUAGAUGAAAAGCAGCUCAUUGAGAUAAUGAAUCUGGCAGCUAUUCAGGACAGAGAGAUAUGCUGCUACUCCAUUUCCUGCAAAGAGCAAGACAACAUUGAUAUCACGCUUCAGUGGCUCAUCCAGCACUCAAAAUCCCGGAGGAGCUGAGAAUGCACAUGUUUUUUUCUUCUUCUUUUUUUGGCCAGCUGUGUUCGCCAUGUUACUGUCAUGCCACAUCGCAUCACUCUGUGAUGAUGUACAGUUAUAUCUUCAGGUCACAGGUCACAUGCUGCACUGUUCUGCUUGUGUCAUUCAAUGUCUUUUCUCACCUUGUGAUUCUCUCACAAGACCUGACAAUGCACUACUACUAUGAAAUUCUGGAACCAAAUUUAAGGAAUGUAAUUGGCAUUAUACUUAUUGUGAAGCUGCAAUUUAACUCUGAGUAAGAACCUAGUUUCUCAUCUACAUUUUACCGUUCAGGCAUUACCUGACUGAUCAUACCCAGAGGUUUACAACACUAAUCUUGGGUGUAGAACAACACUGUGUUGAAGGAUUUAAUUUGUCAAACAGGCCUCACAGAAAUGUUCCUCCACAGUUAGAUAAUCAUGUCAAGAGAAGGCUGACGUGGACAAGCAGGUGUUCCCAUUUCUAUCGAGCUCUACCCCUAGAACAGUUGUUCUUAGCUUGAUCAGGUUUCCCUCUUUCAAACACAUGUCUGUUGUUUUAGAAAACUGUGCAUUUGCGCACAUCAGUUUGAGCAGGUCUGUACAAAUAUCAAGCUAAUAUGAUUUUUACUGAUGUGAGAGGUGCGUGUAUGAAUAUAUGAUUCUAUUUAAAGACUGAAUGUACUCAAAGUAAAGCUGUACGGGGUUGUGUGGUAGUAUUGGGCCUCUCUUUGCAAGGAGCUUCAGUGGAACGAUGUGUGCUGCCCUGAUGCUCACAGAGUGGCAGAAUUUAAAGUGCCUUGUGCAAUGUCUCCCACCUCUGGAGCAAAGCGGCAUGCUGGGUAGAGGGAAAAUACACCACUUAAAUACAUUCAAAAAAUAAAAAGGCAUGCUUUUUAAUUUAAA